AUGUCCUGCAUGAAUCUGCUGUGCAGGCCCUUGUGUGGUGUGGCCUCCUCCUGCCAGUCACUUUGUGGGAUUGCCAACGGUUGCCCUAGUGGCUGCCAGUCCCUGUGCUGCCCUGCAGCCUGUGGCCAGGCCUCCUCCUGUGGUCCAGCCUGCUGUGUGCCUGUGAGCAGCAAGCCUGCUGGGUUUGUGUGCAAGCCUACCAUCUGCGUGCCCUUGAGUUGCAAACCCACAGUGUAUGUGCCUGUGAGCUGCAAGCCCACCAUGUGUGUGCCCCCCUCAUGCCAGUCCUCUUGCUGCUGCCAGCCCUCCUGUCCCACCCUCAUCUGCAGACCUGUCUCCUGUAGCACUCCUGCCUGUUGCUGA